CGGUACGGAUUUCACUGUUGUAAUGAGUAACCUUAUGGUGAAAACUAUAUCCCAGGAAAAUCCCUUAUGGGUAUCUUGGCAUGACACUCAAAUGAUGGCUUCUUUAAGUCCACAAAAUGUUAUGGAUUAUUUUUGUCGCAAAUCGAAUCCAUUUUACGAUCGUAUGUGUAAUAAUGAAAAUAUACGCAUGCAACGUUUGGGAUUGGAAAAUUUAAAUAAUAUGGUGGGCCUGGAAUAUAUUUUACUGCAUGUCCAUGAACCGAUUUUGUAUGUUAUUCGUAAGCAACAUCGUCACAGCCCAACCGACGCUCUGCCUAUAGCAGAUUAUUAUAUUAUCGGUGGUAUGGUGUAUAAAGCUCCAGAUUUGGCUAACGUUAUAAAUUCCAGAAUUUUGUCGACAGUCACAAAUUUACAACUUGCCUUUGAGGAAGCUAGUAGCUAUUCCAGAUACCAUCCUAACAAAGGUUACACUUGGGAUUUUACAUCAAACAAAGCUCUAUCUGAUAAAUCUAAAGCUGCCGCAAAAAAAGAUGCAACGUCUAAUAAAGAAGAGAGUGGCACCGUUUUUCAAAUGCAACGUGUUGACAUGCUGCUGGCUGAAUUAUUGCGGAAAUUCCCGCCACCAGUACCGCCAAAUCUACAUCAGCAACAAUUGCAACAGACGGGACCACAAUCCAACGCUAAUGUCCAAGAACAUAAUGCCGCAGCAUCCGAUUCGAAUGCGAACACUAUUAGUUCUAGUAAUGGCACUACUUCCGAGGCAAGUCCGGUAACAGCACUGGGUGUUGAAAUUAAGCAGGAAAUGAUUGACAUGAAACCCCCACCCGAGAAGAGAGCCAAACAGAAUUAAAAAUUUCAAUUCAUUUUAUUCAUUUUGAAUAUUGAAAGGAGGAAAACAAUAAAUAAUUUUUUCCCAAGUUUUUUGGUUAACCAGCAAUGAUUCGUUGUCUCUUCCUCUGAAUCAAUGUAAAGUAUGGUUUAAAAAAAAAUUAAAAAUGAUCAAUAAAAAAAAUCUUAUCAAGAUUCGC